CCCGGGAAAGAGGAGUCCCUCUACCUUCUGCCAGAGAUUCUAUAAGAGAACAAAUUUCUUUGGCAGCAUGCAUGUCGGCAACGCGCCAUUGAUAUAGGAGAGAGAGGUCGGCAUGGCACAGCGGAAAGAAAAAUCCAAUCUUCGAGGAGAAUCUGCUAAAGAAACCCCUAGCAAGCAUGAAGCAAGCAGUGCUGGCAGCAAAAUUCCCAGAGAAUCUGCUAAAAAAACCCCUAGCAAGCGUGAAGCAAGCCAGUCGCAUGUUCCUGAAGUGGAACCUGCAGCACAUAAAGUGCCCAAAUUAGAUGCAGAAUCCGUCCACAAAGGUGGAAGCUCGACUACGACAGCGGAGCUUCAUCUUGUCGACGAAUCAGAUGGAACUCGAUGGACAAUUCAAGACAAGACGGUAAUCGAUCUGCGUAAAAGGUACAAGUCUGCCCCUGAUCAGAAGACGAAGGAAGAAAUAGUAAAGCGUCUUCAGUCAUAUGUUGCUUCGCUGACCGAAAACGGUGGGACAUCCCAAGAAUCCAAAAACAAUUCAAAUAGGUGUUCAAGCCAUCAGCCUCGCAUGGCAAAGGCCUCGGAUUUGGGGAAGAUUACUGGGAACCUCCAGAAGUUGAAACUCGGCGAAAAUCCUCAGGUUUUUAUGUCAAGCACCAAGAUUCAGGCUAGCCAAUCGGAUAAGCAAUUCCAAGACUCAAAGAAAGGUGGCACAAAAGGUGAUUUAGAUGGGAAUCGCAUGGACGUGGACAAGAAGUCAAGGCAUCAGCCAUCCAUUCGAGGUUCUGGGCGUUUGCCACGAGACAAUAAAUGAUUGAAUGAAUAAAUCUUUUGAUAACCUUAAGACUUUAUGGCCAGAUACGAUCAAGGCUCUACAUGAAUAAAUCUCAGCUGUUUAUCUAACUAAUGAUGGCAUGUUUCAUGGAACUGGUAGUGCUAGUUGUUCCUGGGGGAGCAGGAGAUGAUCCUGUGCUUCUUUGUUGGUGAUAACCUCUGUGACUGUUUGCCUCUCCAAAGAGGUUCUAUGUAGAUUAUUCUUCGUUUUUCUAAUGAUUCGGGUGGUUCUAUGAUUCUA